AUGGUAUUUAAUAAUGAAUUUGUGCGACAAUUGUGCGAAACAAUUAAAAAAUAUAAAAAAUGGUUACUAUUGUUACUAUUGUUGGCCUACAAUGUCUAUAUGAUAUUUGCCAUAUAUUUAACAUGGAAUAAACAGAUCGAUUGUGCCAACUGUACGGCCGGUGCCUAUUGUUAUGGAGUUAAACUACUGGUAGUAUUGACUAGUAUAGCCUAUUUGAUUGGUCUGUACUAUACAGUACUGAAAAGACUGGUAGUCAGACCGGUCUAUCGGCACAUUAUACGUCCCAUAGCGAAAACACGCGGUACGUGCCUACUGGUUAGGCAUGCAUCGAAAAUUGUGUGGUCAGUGGCCAUUGCAGGUGCACUCGUAUUUAUCGUAUGGGAUUCGUUAAGUACCGAACCAUUGAGACUGGCCUCAGGCGGCGGACUGUUGGCCUACAUAUUAAUUGGUUACAUGUUUUCGAAACAUCGAUCGCACGUCCAGUGGCGUCAACUACUAUGGGGUAUAUACAUGCAGUUCCUGUUUGGCCUAAUGAUACUCAGGUGGGAGUUUGGCAAACAAGUAUUCCAGUGUAUGGGCGACAAAGUAUCGGCAUUUCUCGAGUUUACCGAUGCGGGCAGUAGUUUUGUAUUCGGCUAUCUGGUCACUGGCCAUCUGGACGGUAAUGUUACGCUGGCCGAUGCCGGUGGUACCAGUAUUACCGGUUCGUUGCCCAUACAGGCAGCCGUGUUUGCCUUUAAAGUGAUGCCAGUGGUCAUAUUUUUCAGUUUUUUCGUAUCCAUACUCUUCUACUACGGUAUAAUGCAAAUACUUGUCGUUAAAAUUGGUUGGCUAUUGGAGUCAACCAUAGGUACCACUGCUUGCGAGUCGUUGAACGCAUCGGGAAAUAUAUUUCUGGGAAUGACAGAGGCACCGCUAAUGAUUAAACCAUACCUACCGGUAAUGACCAAAUCGGAAUUGCAUGCCGUAAUGACCGGCGGUUUUGCCACAAUAGCCGGUUCAGUAAUGGCUGCCUACAUAAACUUUGGCGUAUCGGCCAGUCAUCUGCUAUCCGCCAGUGUUAUGUCGGCACCGGCAGCUCUGGCCUAUUCGAAGCUUAUCUAUCCGGAGACCGAGAAAAGCAAGACUACCAACAAAACUAUUUCGGUCGGACAGAGCACUGAGCGCAAUGCACUGGAAGCUGGAUCUAACGGUGCCGGUGCUGCUAUUAAAUUAAUAGCCAAUAUAGUGGCCAAUUUGAUUGCAUUUCUAGCAUUCAUACAAUUUCUUGAUGUAUUAAUUUCAUGGUUCGGCUCAUUAGUCGACUAUCCGGAACUAAAUUUUAAAUUAAUAUUAUCAAAAAUAUUUAUACCGUUUGCCCUAUUGAUGGGCAUUGAAUGGCACGAAUGCGAUAGAGUGGCCAAACUAAUCGGUUUGAAAACCGUAAUCAACGAGUUUGUUGCCUAUCAGGAGCUGUCAGUCAUGAUUAAAGCCAAUGAAUUAUCAAAAAGAGCCCAAAUAGUGGCCACCUAUGCGUUGUGCGGUUUUUCAAAUUUCGGUUCAAUCGGUAUAAUGUUGGGUGCAUUGGGUUCAAUGGCACCCGACCGUAAACCCGAUUUGGCCGAUCUGGCGCUCAGGGCUAUGAUUGCCGGCUCUAUAUCGUGUUUUAUGACCGCCUGUAUAGCCGGCCUAUUGAUAUCAAGUUGA